CUGUGCUGUGCUGUGCUCCGCUGUGCUGUGCUGUACUGUGCUGUGCUCCGCUGUGCUGUGCUGUACUGCGCUGUGCUGUGCUGUGCUGCGCUCCCCCGGCAGCGGGCGGCGGCUCCGGCUCCGGCUCCUGCUCCGCGGUGCCGCGGGCGGGGGCUGAGCCCACGGCCGCUUGUUGAUCGCGGCAGGCGCCGCUCCGCGCUCCGCGCCGGCGGCCAGCCCCGCGCCUGGGCUUGCCGCUGUGCCGCCGCUCGCAUUCUUCCAUUGCAACAGUGCACACCCCUUCUUUUUUUUCCCCCCCUCUCCCUUUCUUUCCUUUUUUUUUUUUUUUUUUUUUUCUUUUUUUUUGCAUGAAGAUGGCGGCGCCUCUCGCCAGCAAGGCAGGGUCCGCCGGCACCACCAGCAAGCCUCCCUUCCCGGAGCUGGAUUUCCGAUCGGGAGCCAGGGUGGAGGAAUUAAAUAAACUCAUCCAGGAAUUCACCAAGCACGAUCAGAGGGAGUACGACGACCAGCGAGCCCUGGAAAUCCACACGGCGAAGGACUUCAUCUUCUCCAUGCUGGGCAUGGUUCAGAAACUCGACCAGAAGCUGCCUGUAGCCAAUGAGUAUCUGCUGCUGUCAGGCGGGGUGCGGGAAGGUGUGGUGGACAUUGACCUCGAUGAGCUGAAUGUUUAUGCCCGGGGCACAGAUUAUGACAUGGACUUCACCCUGCUGGUGCCCGCGCUGAAGCUGCACGACCGCAACCAGCCGGUGACACUGGACAUGCGCCACUCGGCCCUGUGCCACUCCUGGCUGAGCCUGCGCCUCUUCGACGAAGGAACCAUCAGCAAAUGGAAGGACUGCUGCACAAUCGUGGACCAUAUCAACGGAGCUACCAAUUACUUCUUCUCCCCAACAAAAGUUGCAGACUGGUUCUAUGAAUCCAUCAGCAUUGUCCUCUCUGAGAUUCAGAAAAAACCCCAACGAGGGAUGCCAAAGGUGGAGAAGGUAGAAAAGAAUGGGACUAUCAUAUCCAUUAUUUUGGGAGUGGGCAGCAGCCGUAUGCUGUAUGACAUUGUCCCUGUGGUGUCCUUCAAAGGCUGGCCAGCUGUGGCACAGAGCUGGCUGAUGGAGAACCACUUCUGGGAUGGAAAGAUCACGGAGGAGGAAGUCAUAAGUGGGUUUUACUUAGUGCCUGCGUGUUCCUACAAGGGGAAGAAAGACAAUGAAUGGAGGCUGUCAUUUGCCAGGAGUGAAGUGCAGCUGAAAAAGUGCAUCUCCAGCAGCCUCAUGCAGGCCUACCAGGCCUGCAAAGCCAUCAUCAUCAAGCUGCUGUCCCGCCCCAAAGCCAUUAGUCCAUAUCACCUGCGGAGCAUGAUGCUGUGGGCUUGUGACAGGCUGCCAGCCAGCUACCUGGCCCAGGAGGAUUACGCAGCCCAUUUCCUCCUGGGUCUUAUUGAUGAUCUCCAGCACUGCUUGGUCAACAAGAUGUGCCCUAACUACUUCAUCCCUCAGUGCAACAUGCUGGAGCACCUCUCCGAAGACACCGUCAUGCUCCAUGCGCGGAAGCUGUCCUCGGUGCGCUCCGACCCCGCUGAGCACCUCCGAACUGCCAUCGAACACGUCAAAGCAGCCAACAGGCUCACCCUGGAGCUCCAGCGGCGGGGCAGCACCACCAGCAUCCCCUCCCCACAGUCCGACGGAGGGGACCCCAACCAGCCUGAUGACCGAUUAGCCAAAAAGUUGCAACAGCUAGUGACUGAGAACCCUGGGAAGUCCAUCUCAGUCUUCAUUAAUCCAGAUGAUGUCACAAGGCCUCACUUCAGAAUUGAUGAUAAAUUUUUCUGA